AUGGCUCUGUUCCGCGCGCUCGCCCAUGCCCGCGCCUCGCGUCCGCUGAUGCCGGCUGCCUUUCGCGCCUUCUCGUCGGACGCCGCCACGCCCGCGAGCUUCUCCAUCGUGCGCCACCCGCAGACCGACGCCACCUUGAGCGCGUCGGCGGCUGCCGGCGAUAUCUUUGCCGUCGUCAAAUUGGGCUGCACGCAAUACAAGGUGACACAGGGCGACGUGGUCAUUGCCGAAAAGAUCAUCGACGCCAAGGUCGGCACGAUCAUGGACCUCAACGAGGUGCUUUUGAUCGGCUCGCCCAACCAGACGAUCAUUGGCCGCCCGUUCAUCACGGGUGCCAAGGUCCAAGCCCGUGUCGAAGAGCAAACGCUCGACGAAAAGAUUGAUAUUUUCAAGAAGAAGCGCCGAAAGAACUACCGCCGGUGGAACGGGUACCGCCGCCAAGUCACGGUCUUGCGCGUCACUGAGGUCCUUCCCGGCGACCUCUAA